CAGAGCUGUUUUUUCAGUUUGAUUUCCUUGUAUUCAUCUCUCUUUCCUUGAAUACUAGUUUGAAGUUCCAUUUUGUUUUAUGUCAGGAAAGAAGCUAAGGAUAUACGAUCAAAGUCACUUGAGAGCAGCAAUUCGCAUGUUUUUUAUUAAAGUGCCAAAUAGAAUAAAGAAGAGAACAGCUUGCUCAUAUGCAGAGGUAGAAUCAAGAAAGCAGAGGGUUCAACAAUUAGAAAAACUAUACUCCGACAUGGCUUUGCAGAAAGAACUACAGAAAUCUGGCCGUAAGCGUAAACUUCGUGAAGAAGAGUUGGUCUCCCCAACAAGUAGACCGGUCUACAAAUGGCGUACAGAACGUAAACGACGAAAUAUGCGACAACAUUCUUUUGCUGAUGAUUUCACUAUGCUUGUGGCUCCUCAACUGUUUUGGUGACUUCAACUGAAAUUU